CAGUUGGCCGAAACGUCAAACCACCUGAGUUUACCUUCAUAUUGCAAAUUUUCCACAAGUUGGUCUGUAAACAGAAAUUAGUGGUUGUUUAAAGGUGAUUCUCGUCUCGCCGAUCAUGCGGAGAGUGCCUGAUUCAGCAAUGAAAAGUCACUGGUUAACGCAGCGUUUUAAAUAAUUGGAAACUUGUGAUACCUGACCAAGGCUUUCCGAGGGGAGAUUUCGCAGUAAUUGUAAGUUAUCCAGGUGAUGGGCGUGAACAACAGUAAGAAAUUGGCCGCCAAGUGUUCCUUUUUGUCCAAAGAUGAACAACAUAUUGUUAGCAACUCGUUCCGGCUCGCAAGCAAGAACUCGGAGAAAAUCAAAGAAGAGGAACUUACGAAAUUAUGGGGCACGCAAAUGGACUCCCGCCUUCUGCAGUACAUAAACAAUUACUUAUUUGGCAUUGGGGAAUCACGCACACAAACGGUUGAGCUGGAGCGGUUUGCCGAACUUUUCGUCUUUUGCACAAGGGGCACGGUUGAGGAGAAGCUGAAAGUUCUUAUAAUAUCGCUUGGACGCAGCGAUUCUGAAUUUAAUGAGCUUCCAUACAUUCUUGUCAAAGAAUACGUGGAAAGUAUCGUCGCGUCGUACAUGAAAAUCCAGAAGUUGAGUAACACAAAACAGUUCAAAUCAUGGUUUUCUCGCGGCUGUUUCACCUCAGCCCAAAACAUCCAGAGACUGGCAGAGAGCCUCUCUCACGAUUUGGCGGCGGCUGAUAGCAUAACGCGACGUGCUCUAGAAGUGUGGUUACAGGGUUCAACAGUGCUUGGUCAAUUGCUCCUCUUCGUUUUUAUGCAUUUAUAUAACAUUUCUCACAAAGAUAAAGCUCAAGUUUCCGGCGAGAAAAGCGCAGUUGAGGAACAGCACACCUCGAGUGAAAAGGAGAAAGACAGGAGUUUAGUGCCGUUUUGCCGGGGCCUCGAUCUCAUCCCUUCGUAUCCAAGUUUGCUAGACUUAAACCAGAUAGUUUUUAUUAACGCGAAUCUGCCGCAACAGUAUCAAUUAGAGUGGAGAUUUUUGUUUAGUUCCGAAAUACACGGCGAGUCUUUUUCUACGCUCAUAGGUAGGAUAGUUAAUCAGGGACCGUCAGUUCUGGUAGUUGAAGACAGAAACGGGUACAUGUUUGGCGGCUUCGCCCCUGCUAACUGGUCCCUGGGCCCCAAUUUUUUCGGGGAUGACAGCAGCUUUCUUUUCACGCUCGCACCGCGCAUGAGAAUUUUUCCAUCUACAGGGUACAAUCAGCACUUCCAGUAUCUCAAUUUGCAUCAACAAACCAUGCCGAACGGUUUGGCCAUGGGGGGGCAGCACAACUACUACGGUCUGUGGAUAGACAGCGAGUACGGCAAAGGCCACUCUUCUGAAUCCUGCACCACGUAUUCGGGCUAUUCGCAGAUGGCCUCUGGGAAGGACUUCACCUUUCGGCACUUGGAGGUCUGGGGGCUGGGGGCCCCGCCGCCCACGCCGCAGGAAAAGGGCGAGCGUUCAAGCUCUACUAGCGUUCUGGACGGCAACGCUGAGACUAAAGCCAUGUUGAAGAUGGCCGGACGCACAAUACAUAGUGAAGGUUUAAGGGAUGCACCUCCGAAUAAUUAAACAAAGGUUGGUUUUAUUUUGCUGAAAUGCCUUAAACGGUUCUUUUUUAAUCUUUACACUAAGAUGACAAGUGUUUUAAUCGAUCCCAUGAAGUAUUUUUAUAUGUGCCGUAAUUCACUAUGUGAGAAUUUCGCUUCGUAUUACACCAAUUGCUAUCACGUUACGUUAAGUCUGGGUUGUCAAUAGCACCGUAAUGCGUACUUGUGUGAUAACAUUUUAACAAUUUUCCUAUUUUUUUAAUUAUAAGAAAAGACGACGUGCCAAAGACCUGGUCACACACUUGUAGUGAGCUUCACUAUUUAUUUAUUUUCCCCGUUUUGAUUGUUACGACUAUAGAUAGUUUAUAUAUUUGUUAUUUAUGUGUCUUACAUGUGAUCUAUCAAUUUUUAAGUCAUGUACAGUAACAAUUUGUCAAAUUAAACAAGAUCCAAGUACAUAACAGAA